AUGGCUUUCCCACGAGCUAUCCUCCUUUCCGCCCUUUUGGGUUCUGCCUACAUGGCAGAGGCUGCACCUGUCUCGUCGUCAUCUUUCUCCUCUUUCUGUCAGCCCAACUUGAAGCAGUGGGGUCAGAUCACCUUCAUGGGCAAGCCUCUUAGCAUCAAAAACUCUGGAAACAUCGUCGUCGGUGGCAACCCUCUCAACUUUGCCGUGGCCACUUGCUCCACCCAAUACUCGGGCCCCAAGGGUCUCAUGGAGUCAAGCAAGGGUUACUUUGUCAACGCCAACGACCCUUCGCAAUGUAUGACUGUCAGCAACCUCGAUCAGAGCAAGGCUACUUUCUCCUUCUCCGACUGCCGAUUCAACGGCGCUGGUAAUAUCUGGUCAUCCCAGUCCUUCGCCUGGACCUUCGACAACAACGGAGCUGAACAAACCGGUUCAGUUUGGUUCAACGGCGAGAACUUCAACAACAACACUUCCAUCUACACUCUCCAUACUCGGGACGCCCAGCCCACCAUUGACGGCCAGCUUGGUGACCUCAUUGCCGUAUACACGCCCAACCUCAACGCAAUCCCUAGUGACCUUCUGCAGAUCCCUAUGCAAGAUCUUCCCGUCACCGCACCCGCCAGGGACCCUUCUUUGUCCUGUCACGCUCCCAUCCGUGGUCAGAUUAUCUUCAACAACCAGACAUCGAGCUCCAAUGGAUACGAGGGACCCCUCAACUCCAAGUGGGAGGCCGAGUCCGAUACCUCAGCCAAGUUCCUCUUCGAGGAGUGCGACUACUCUUUCGUAGGCCUUAAGGCUGAAGGUGACUACAUCUACGGUCGUAUACGUCCUGCCACAGACGUUGUUGAUGGUGGCUACAACUGCUACUUCCUCACCGCCGAUACUUCUUCCGGCCCCAACAACGAGCCUGUUGACAAUUCGUGGAUCAACGGUUUCCAGGUUCAGACUUGCUCGUACACUGCCCACCCCGGCCUCGACCUGGUCAAAAUCAACAGGAAGGACAACACCUUCAACUAUGUUCCCUUUGGUAACGGCUCUCAGCCUGGCAACAUGUACUGGUACGCCCAGGCAGCAUACGACACCGAUUACGGAGUCAAGCAGUACCAAUUCGACCCCAAGGGCGUUGGGCAGGUCUACCUCUCUCCCAACAACGCCAACUUGACCAAGUUCCCUGCUGCCAAGGUCACGUUCAAGGCUGACUAA